AUGGUUGAUGUAGGGUUGGUUAGCAGCCAAGACAAGGCCAUUCCUGGCCCGUCCGCACUACUAGAUACUGCAACUGGGACCGCAAGCCCUCUCGCACCUCUCGAGCUCAUAGGGGGGCAAUAUCUAGGAGUCCCCACGUCACCAAAAAGCUACAGGUUUAGUGGCGGGGGGCUGGCUGCACCCUCACAUCGCACCGACAAGGAUUAUGAUCCGAAGAAAGAUGGGGAUUGCGCGGGGUUGAGGGAUGACGACGAGGAGGAGGAGAAGGGUGAGGAGGAGGAGGAGGAGGAGGAGGAGGAGGAGGAGGAGGAGGAGGAGGAGGAGGAGGAGGAGGUAGUCUCCACGGCCGCCGAGGGGUCGACCUACCCCACUGUGUCGAUGGUGCUGCCUUACUUCUACGCCCUCAUCGACAGCCUGGAGAAGAAGCUGCACACAGGGACGCACGAACUAGUUCGUCCACUCAUGUCUGCCGCGCUGGGGCACCUGAAGCAGUACGAGUUUGCCAUCGGGGUCGAGUACUGGAUCGCGACCUUCUUGGAUCCGUCCAUGAAGACCGAGUACUUCAGGAUGACACACUGGGAGCUGAUGCAUCCAGGCAUAGUGGCACGUGACGGUGGGCGGCUUAAGCCACGCAUGAGUGCGGACAGGGUGGUGAGCUUGGUGCGCCGCCGAGUGGAGGAGUACCAAGCUCGAGCAGCACGUGAAGCUCCCACCCCACCACCAGCACCAGCAGCAGCAGUGGUGACACCGUUCGAGGAGGACGACGACGAGUUUGUGUUCUCUAGGGCACAGCUGCAGAAGCGUGUUUCAGCUAGCGCAGCGGCGAGAGCGGGGGGGAGGGGGGACGUCGGUGGGGGAUGA